UACAAAAUGAAAGAAAAUGAGAUUAAAUGUCUUUGAAAUUAAAGAAGGAAGAAAAAGAAAAUAGAAUGAAGUUUUUGAAAUUGAAUUUUGGACUAGUAAAAUUGUUGCGAUACAACUGUACUACAUACAGUGCAAUGUACAUUAGACAUUUGAAGGUGGUGAUUUUUUCAUGAGCAACUUUUCAGGAUUAUUUCAUCUUUUUAUUUUUCUUUUGAUUGAUUUGGCACAUAUGCAAAAUGGUAAGUUUGGAUAUGUUGUGUGUGCGCUCUUCUUUUGAGUUUUGCCUAAACAAGAUAAAGGUUAUUUUACAAGUCACAUUUCUUUGUAUAUUUUGUGUAUGGGCUAUAACCUGUAACACACAGUAAGGUAAUUUUGCCAUUUUUGUUGGUUAUUACGGUUGAAAUUGGAAAAUGGUGUAAGAUACAAAAUGAAAGAAAAUGAGCUUAAAUAUUUAAUGAUUAAAUGUAAGACAAAAUGAUACAACCGUUUGAUUCUGGUUGUACACUUUAUUUUUUUUGUUGGUUUUGAUAUGUAGACAGGAUUGAUAUGUAGACACCGAACACCUACUUCACCUCCCAUUCAAUCACAAAAGGAAAUGAAAUCGUUUGACAAUGAGAAGGAAAAGGUUGAUCGAUGUAUUGAAGCAUUAGUUAUUGCAAAUGCUCAACCAGAGAUGAUAAUGUUUUUCAAGUAUGCUGCAAAAAUUGCUUUAGAUGAACAAAUUAGAGUUCCCAUUGAUAUUGGGAUACGAAGUCAGUGCAAGGAGGUGUAUCUUGGUACGGAGAAAAUUUUUGAUUUCCUUGUACAAGACCAAAUCGGACUUUGUCAUAUGAAGAUAUAUAUGUCAAGGAUGUAUCCGGUUGCUGGCAUUAGUGGUGUCUCUUCCUUUUUUGGUUUUAUAUGUCCAUCUGGGAUAUCACAAGUGACUCAAUUUCAAAAGGGGGACAUAAAGAAGAUCAAGGAUCACAAUAUGAAAAGAAGUCACUACAUGGUGGAUGUCUUUAAAGACAAUGCAUCAAAAGGAAAAAUUUUCCUCGCUCCAUAUAAUGUCGGGUACCCUUUUUUUUUGUGAUAUUAUCGUUCCCAUGUCUACUCUCAAUAUUCAUUUUUUAUUUGUCUCAAAUAGGAUGCAUUGGGUAUUGUGUGCUAUUGAUCCUUUCAAUAACAUCGUAUACUACUUUGAUUCCUUACACAGUGAAGAGGAAAUAGGCACGGGAAAAGGCGUUAGUGAGGAUUUGCGUGAAAUCAUAGAUGUUGCUCUGUUUCAAUUUCGGAGUGAAAUGGAAAUUGCAACGAAAUUGAAGAUGGAUACUAAAUGGAAGACAAUAAAGUGUCCUCGCCAGAGCAACGGAGUUGAUUGUGGCUAUUAUGUGAUGCGAUAUAUGAAAGAGAUUAUCUCACACAAAUGCACCAAGAUUCCCGAAAGUUAUUUUGCAGGAUGCCAGUUUUCCCAUUACGAUGAAACUCAACUUGAUGAUGUUAGACUUGAGUGGGUGCGUUACGUGUUUCAACAUAUCUAGUCUAAAAGAGUUGUUAUAAGUAAAUCACUCUUAUUUUCCCAAAGUUUGAGUUUCGAUGCAAAAAAGUACUAUACAUCUUGGGAAAAUAUUUUUUGUAAAGGAACAUUUUGUAAAGGUGAUAAAUUGUGUUGGGAAAAUAUUUUUUUGUAAAGGAACAUUUUGUAGAGGUGAUGAUUUUGUAAAGGAACAUUUUUCUUUUUUGUAAA